AUGGAGGGCGCCGGACGAGAAGAUCGCGUCCCCUGCCAGUUUCGACGCCCCGCGCCGGCACCGGAACAACCGGGCGAGAGGGCGCGACGCCCGGGGGCUGCCGACGCGAGAACUGACCAGUCGCGCGGGCGCCGGCGCGACGAGGGCAAACGGGGGGCCGCCCGCGCCUGCGGCGGGGCGGCUGGGCUAGACCGAGAGCAACAUGCCUCGGCGAGGGCCCCCGCGAGGACGCGGUGCGGUCGGGUGGCUACCGCGCGGGCCGCGAGGCCCGCAGCGGCCGGAUCUUCGCGGGCAACCCAUGGAAGAAUCGCCGUCCAGCCACCACUCGGCGCGCGCGACUUCCGGCAUCCAACUGCCGACCUCAGGCCCGCGGGAAGCUACGUGCGGCAGGGGUGCGGGAACACGCUGAGACUCGCGGCUGGCGAGCGGACCGGCGAGACGGCCGCCGCGCUCGCUGGAGCGCAUACGCGACCCCACACGGGGGCGCCGCGGGCCAUCAAAAGCGCGGACGCGCAGUCGGAGAUAGCGCGAGGGUGCCGCGGCCGACCGCGAAGCACGGACAGGCGACGAGGUCCCGGCGUGUCGGGGUGGCAGGCCCAGCACGCCGGCCAGGCCCGAAGCGGGCGCCCGCCGCAGAAGCCUGGCCACGUGCUACGGGCCGUCACCCGCUUGGGGCGGGGGGGCCGAAAGCAGGCCCGGUCGCCGACCUUGCCGCCCUGUUUACAGACGGGCUCGAGCCGCCGGAAGACCAGUCGCGCUCGCCGCAAUCGCGUAGCUCGGGCCGGCACGCGGCGCAGAGGGAGUCGCGAGCGUGGGCGAGGGCCGGGGCGGGGGAGGCGUGACGCCCCGCGGUCGCGAAACCGGCGCCGGCAGUGGGUGAGUCCCGCGCAGCCGGGGCGUUGGAAGCCGCGGGCGCCGGCCAACACAAGAUCGCGAGCCGGUAAGACGAACGGGCCCGGGCGGCGCGUGACUUGGCUAACGUCCGCGCCGCGGCAAAGCAGCAGCACACCCCCGCCUCGCUCGCAAAGCCUGGCAAGCGCGAAGGUCGAAACCGAUCCCCGCGCGGACGGGGACGACGGGGCUCCGCCGGGGGGCGCUGCAGCGUCCGGGGGCGGCGCUGGCCGCCAGGGGGGCGCUGGCUGGCGUAUCAGCCGGCGAGAAUCGCGUGGAGACGGCCAGGGGCACGGUCGGUCACGACCCCUAGGCACCCCAAAGGAGCAGCAGGCGGGACCCGGCCCCUCCGUCGCGGGGCCCCUGGCAUCAACCGGCCAUGAAGGGGGGAUGCCGCCCGCCGCGGGUAAACUCGGCGAAGGCCCCGGCCAUGACCCCGGGGGGCUACGGGACCCGGGAGCUUUAUCGCCCCAGCCCCAGGGGGGCCACCGUGGCGCGGAACGCCGCGCGGCAGACCCUCGCGAGGCCGGCGGAUGGGAAAGGCAAACCUGCUGGGCGCGCCGCAGCCGGCCGGCACUGUGGCGGAGGGACAGGCCGGGGCGCGUCGAGCCGGGGCGCCCGCGGGGAUCCAACGCCGCGAGGGCCCUGGACGCGCCCCGUAGCCAUCCGUCCCUAUCGCGCCCCGGGCGCAACGACCCUCCGCGAACCGCGGGACGCAAUACGGAGGCUCGCGGCGGUCGCGACGGCCCACGCAGCGGAUAUGAUUGUCGCGCACCAGGUCCCGGGGGCCGCGACAAGAUCACGGCGCGGCAUAGACGUGAGCUUAAGCUGCGCGUCGCUGCGCGAGGUGCCGGCCCCGCGGCAGGCCAGGACCGGCGCGAGGACGACCACGCGGGCGCAUCGGCGAUCGCAGUCCGCGGGAGAAAAGUCCGCGGAGGCGGCCCGGUUCAGACCCGAGCCCGCCAUGCGGCGAGUCGCGGGACGCACAUGGAAACACGGCGGGACGGGGGCGAGCCAGGGCAAACCACGCCGGGGCGGGCACCUCACGUCGGCCUGGCUUGUCCCCGGCACCGCGGGGGUGACGCGGGCCGCCGGCUGGCUCGGGGGCCAUGA